AUGGGUAAUAAAUUGUAAGGUGAUAGAGAUACGAUUUCUUAUAAAUCUAAAACUGGAUAAGUUUUCGAAAUAAAAGUAAAUCAACUUAAAGGAGCAAAAAAUUUUCCGAAAAUUCCUAAAAAAGAAGAAAUUUUGUAAAAAUUUGAAAAAUGGAAAUCAGAAGUUUAACAUUUAAAAUAUUUUAAGCUUAUAUUAAAUGAUUCUGAACUUAAGCUACUAAAGACAGUAGAAUUGAAGUAUAAAUAUCGAAUUUGUUAUAUUCACAAUUAAAUUCUAUAAAAAAUUUCAUAAUAGGAAUAAUUAGAGUAGUAGACUAAUAAGUUUUAGAUUGAUUAAUUGUAGAAAACUAUUUUAAGAUUAUUCGAUGACUAUAAUGAUGUUGAUAUAUGCAGUAAAUAUAUAAUUUAAGUAUAGCUAUUUGUAAAAGCCUUUCUGAUUCUAAAUGUAUAGCUUAAAAAAUUGAUUUAAUUAAAAAUAUGAAUCUUAUUUCCUAUUUAUCUGAUAGAUUAAUUUCUAUAGAAGAAAUAUCCAGAAUUACAAAUAACUUUAGAGAUUAAAUAAGGAUAUUAGAGUUAUUUUAAGUAAUAUUAAACAUAAAAAACAUAAAUCACAAAUUAUUAUUUUAGGAACAAAAAUGCUUUAAAUCAAUAAUUUAAAAUUUUCAUCCAAUAGAACCUAAAGUGACUGGAUUAGUUUUUAAGAUUGUAGCUGGAUAGAAUGGAUUAGCAUGGAAAGAUAACAAUUUUGAAAAUAUUUAAUAUGGUUUUCAAAGUUUGUAAAACCUAUAUUCAUUCAAGAAUAGGUAAUACUUAUCAAUAUAUUAAGAUUUUAAAUAUUCAUAAAGACAAUGUAUUAUACCAAAAAUCUAAUUAUGUUAUAUCAGAUUAUUAAGUUUCUAUUUAGAUAUUUAUUUUCGUUAGAUGAUCAAAAUUAAUUAAUAGUUACAUCAGAAUUGAAUUCUACAAUUGUAAAUGAUAAAUUAUUAGAAGAAGUUUUUAAGUAGAUUAAACUUAGAAUAAAAAAAAAAAUAUAUAAAAAGGAAGAUUGUACAUAUGAUGCAGUUCAAAAUCUACUUUCAAAAUUUGAGCAUCCCUUAAUAAAUUAAAAUUUUGAAGAACAUAGAUUGACAAAACAAUUUGCUUCUUUUGUAGAAGCUGGUGUUGAUGAAAAAAUGUAUAUUGAAGGUGAAUAUUAUUCUGACAUGAUUAUUUAGGAUCAAAAUUUUUUAUAAGAUAAGUAUUAUUAUUAUGAAGAGGGUUAGGAACAUGUAUUUAAAGCUAUAUAAUAAUCAGUUAUUGAAUGGAUUGAUGCAAUAUAAAAUAUAAGUUUAUUAUCCUCAAAAGAGAUUGAAGUUGAUUAAUUUUUUUUAGAAAAGGAAUAUAAAUAAAAUUAUGGAAUUAUGGAAGGAGAAUAAACUCCAACCUCUUCUGAAAAUAGUUAUUUUGUAUAUGAAAAAUGUAAUGAAUAAGAAUCAGAAUAAAAUGAUUAUAAAAGUAAAUAUCAGGAGGCAAAAGAAAUAAUUAAUGAAUUAAGAGAUUAAUUAAAAUAAUAGAGUUAAUAGUAUAAAUAAAAAAUUUAAGAAUUAACAAUUUAAAAUUAUUAAAUAAAUGAAGAAACUGGAUAGAAAAUGAAAAAAAUGUAAGAAGAAAUUGAUCAGCUUAAAGAAUAAAUUAAAAAUUAAGGAGAUUUUAAAUCUAUUUAAAUUUAAGAUUAAUCUAAUGUUUCUGUAUCAUAAUAAAAAGAAUCUCCUUCUAAUAUAAAUAUUUAAAAAUAGUAAUCAACAGAAUAAAUUACUUAAAUAUAACCUACAUCAACUUUACCUCCUCCUCCACCUCCUCCUCCACCACCACCACCAUCAUCUUUUUAAAAAGUUGGAGUAUCUGGAUAACUUCCACCUCCACCUCCACCUCCACCUCCACCUCCACCUUUAUUAAAAGGAUAAAUGAAUAAUUAACAAAAAAGUUAAUAAUUAUCUAGAAAAUAAGACCCUCUUCCAUCUAUCCCUAUGAAGCCACUUUUUUGGACAAUUAUACCUGAUUAAAAGGCUUUCAACACUAUUUUUGAAAAAAUUUAAAAUGAAGACAUUACUUUAGAUAUUUCAUUUUUAGAAAUGAAUUUCUGCAAACCUAAUGAAAAUUUAAAAUAAACAGUAAAUAAAAUAGAAACUAAUCCUAAAUAAUCUAAAAUCAAAUUAUUAUAACCUGAAAGAUCACAAAAUAUUGAAAUUAUUUUAAGUAAAUUACGUUUAAAUGUUAAUCUAUUAACUGAUUCUCUACUUUAAAUGAAUUUACAAAUAUUAACAGAGAAUAUAAUAAACUCUUUAGUUGCAAUAUGUCCUACCUAAGAUGAAGUCGAACUAUUAAAUGAAUUUACUGGAGAUAAAUCAUUAUUAGGAUAAUCAGAAUUAUAUAUAGAUGCAUUAAGAAAAGUCAAUGGUUUUCAAUUCAGAAUCAAAGCUUUACAAUUCAUAUAUAAUUAUCAGGAUAAUAAAUAAACCUUUCUAAAAGAUACAAUUCUUCUUACUGAAGCCUUUAAGAACUUAAAGAAUUCUUAAGAAUUAUAGAUCAUUAUUUUGAUAAUUUUAAGACUGGGAAAUUUUCUAAAUGGUAAUAUAAAAUGUAAAACGUAGCUAAGACAUCUAAAGGAAAUACCGCAGCAUUUAAACUUGAAGCUAUUGAAAAAUGCAAAGAUUUAAAAAGCAUUGAUAGUCAAUAAAAUCUAUUAUAUUAUGUAAUCGAAAAGUCAGAAUAGAUCUUGAAAAGAGAAGUUAUUAAUUAAUAAAGUAUAUUUUUUAAUCAUUUUAUUUAGUGAUAAUUUAAUUUGAAAUUAUUGAAAAGAUUUCUUUGUCUUAACUUUAAUAAACCUUAAAUGAAUUUAAAAAAGGAUAAAAUUUAAUUUUAUAAUCUAUUGAAUCAGCAUCUGAUAAUCCAAGAGAUCUUGUUGCUACUCAAUUUUAACCAAUUUUAGCUGAAAUUUAAUAAGAUUUUGUAAAAUUUGAAGAAGAACUUAAAAAUCUUAAUUAAAACUAUAAAGAAUGUUGUGAAUAUUAUUGUGAAAAUUAAUAAGAUUAAUCAGAUAAAUUUGGAGAAAAAAUUAUGAAAAUUUUGAGAUGCUUAUAUAAAAAUAAAGAAGAAAAGUUAGCAAAAAUAGAAAAGAUGAAAAAGGCAGAAGAAUAAAAAUAUUAAAAAUAAAAUACUUAUCAAGUAAGUGACAGAUCAAAUGUAAGAAAUGAUAAAGUAAAUAAAACAUGGGUUUCUUAAAAUUAAUAAAACUAGGGUAUUAAUUAAAAUCACUCGAAGAAUAUCAGAGAAAGCUAUGUAGAAAAAGAAAUUAAAGAGAUGCAAUAAUUUAAAAAAUAAAGUAGAUAUAUUAAAUGA